GUUGCGGAUAAAACUUUAAUGCAAGUCUUGACUCCAGAGGCUCGCGAAGAAAUCCUUAAACAAUAUCGAAAUCAUUCCAAGGAGCUGGUAAAAUUGCAACGAGAAUAUAAAUCCCUUUUGGGUACUCCUGUGCUGAGUAAAGUAGAGAAUAUCAAAAGAACGAACUUCCUGAAAAAUUUGCAACAACUGGAGAAGGAAAAGGAAGAGAUACUUUCGAAUUUACAAGUAGCGCUAGGGAAGGUUCACUUGCAGGAGUAUGAGUCCCAUAUUAAGACCAUUAAAGCGCAUGUUUGCUGCCAGGAACGUCUUCAAGAAGAGAUCGAUUUGCUAUAUACAAACAUUGACCAUCUUGUUCAUCAACAACUCAAAGCGGACCAGGAAAUCUACAAACUGAAUUUUAAGGCUACCUCCGAGGCGCAGUACAAUGAGACUGUCAAAAAGGCCAAAUCGAACCUUGAAAUUUUGGAGAACCAAUUGGACGUUUCUAAGAAGCGAGAAUGUAGUCUCAUUACCGAGAACAUGAGACUUCGCAACCUUAUUGUCGAUAUGCUCUAUGAUAGGUCCCUCUUCAACAAGCUGUGGCAUAGGAUGAUGACCCAUUUGAAUCACGACAAGAAGUUCCUUAUCGACCUUGUUGAGCGCGCAAUUGAUUGCUUUGAAGAAGGUACCGAAAUCUGUCAAAAGCUUGAUUCAAUCCAAUCUAAGAAAAACAGAGACGUCGAAACGAAAAUCGUGGAAAUGCAGGAGCUCAUCAAGCGCGGUCAUGCCGAUAAAUACAAUAUGAAGUUCCUGCUUGCCAAGGGAAAGAACCGUGAAUUGGCCGAUUUAGAAGCAAGGGAGUACAAAAGGAGGGAAAUUUUCAAGGUUUCUCAUAUGAAGAAGAUUUCCUUGUAUAAAGCCAUUUUAGACAAAAUUCUGUCCUUUUCGGGGGUUGAAACCAUCACAGAGGCAAUCGAGAAGUUCCAGAAACAAGAGGAUGUUUUCUACUCGUACUUCAACUACAUGAAUGAGCUCAGCUAUCAGGUUCAAGUGCUGGACAAUUGUUUGAACGAUUUAUAUCAGGGAAUUAUAGCGCGAAGAACGGUGAAUGUCGUUUCGGAACAAUUCGAAAAGAAUAAAAUCAAAGAAUUGGAAAAACAACUCGCGGCGGAGGAGCAGAAAACCAAGGAGAAAGAAAAGGAGAAGGAUGCUUACGACAAGGAGCUAGAAAACUUAUUUACAGGACUCCACGAUGUCUUCACCUUACUCCAAUGUGACGACGCACCUCUAAUGGCCUUGCUUGGCGAUCAUUCCAAAAUAACAAUCUUCAAUGUGGAACGAUUCUUGGAGAUUUUUGAAAAGCAACUAAAUAGCGUUAUAGCCUUCGUUUACAUGAACGAGAGGAAGCACAAAGUUAGAUCUGAUCGCCUGACUGUCCGCAAUGUGGAGCGUUUGAUAGAAAAUCCUACCCCAAUUGAGAAUAUUGUUUUGACGCAACAAUGUGCCGAGUGUGCUGAAGGUGAGGACGUCAACCCCUACGACGAAGAGUUCGUUAUGCCGAAAACUAUGGAAGAGGUUAAAGUGCAUUUGCGAGAGAAAGUUAUGCAGCCUGAAAUGCAGUAUAGAUUGCAUAGCAUUAGUCAGUGCCGACUGCCGAGGUCUCGAUUGUUGGCCAAUAAGCGUUAUUAAGGUAUUUGUUGGGAAUAGUUUUGUAUCUUCUUGUUAUUGGAAAAAAUACUGAGUUGCUUAG